AUGUUGCAGUCAAAAGCGGCCAGCAAGGCCAUCCAAUGCCUGCCCAGAGCUCACGCCCACACCCGCACAUUUUCCGCCUCUGCGAAUGCCGCUGCCAUUUCGCCCUACUCGCCAACCCGAACGAGCGCACCGCAAAAGCAGACAUCGCAACAACCGACACCUGCGAAACGAAAUGCAUCCGCCACCGCGAGAAAUAGUGCUCAAGCGGCCGCAGCUGCUCAGCCGGCCACGAGACAACGAGCGGUGCCGAGUCCUGCCUUCAACCGCGAGUCGAGUUUGCACGAUGUGCAGCCACUGCAGCCAUUCCGCCAGCCCGAAAUGGACCACAGCUUCGUCGGCAUGAACGGAGGCCAGAUCUUUCACGAAAUGAUGCUGAGGCAUGGCGUGAAGCACAUCUUCGGAUAUCCUGGCGGUGCCAUUUUACCAGUCUUCGAUGCCAUCUACAACAGCGAGCACUUCAACUUCAUCCUCCCGAGACAUGAGCAAGGCGCCGGACACAUGGCUGAGGGUUAUGCCCGAGCUACCGGCAAGCCCGGUGUGGUUUUGGUCACAUCCGGCCCCGGCGCGACCAACACCGUGACUCCCAUGCAGGAUGCCCUCAUGGACGGCACACCAAUGAUCGUCUUCUGCGGUCAGGUCGUGACUUCCGCCAUUGGCUCCGAUGCUUUCCAAGAGGCUGAUACCAUCGGCAUUUCAAGAGCAUGCACAAAGUGGAAUGUCAUGGUGAAGAACGUCGCUGAGCUCCCGAGACGCAUCAAUGAGGCCUUUGAGAUCGCAACAUCUGGCAGACCCGGCCCAGUCUUGGUCGAUCUUCCCAAGGAUGUCACCGCUGGUAUUCUCAAGAGGCCCAUUCCAAUGACUUCAACUCUGCCCACCCACCCAUCUGCAGCCACUAUAGCAGCCCGUGAGCUUUCCCUGAAGCAGCUGAAGGGAAGUAUCAAGCGCUCUGCGGAUCUGAUCAACAUUGCAAAGAAGCCGGUCAUUUACGCCGGUCAAGGUAUCAUGGGCCACCCAGAUGGACCAAAGCUUUUGAAGGAGCUGUCAGACAAGGCUCAAAUUCCAGUGACUACAACUCUGCAAGGACUGGGAGGAUUUGACGAGCUUGACCCCAAGUCGCUGCACAUGCUUGGAAUGCACGGAUCUGCAUACGCAAACAUGGCCAUUCAGGAAGCCGACUUGCUGAUUGCUCUUGGCGCUCGAUUUGAUGAUCGUAUCACUGGCCAUCUCCCGCGCUUUGCCCCAGCUGCAAAGAAAGCUGCGGAGGAAGGCCGCGGCGGAAUCAUCCACUUCGACAUCAUGCCAAAGAACAUCAACAAGGUUGUCCAAGCAAACGAGGCUGCCGAGGGAGAUGUGACCGCAAACCUGGCUCUCCUCCUGCCUCAGGUAGAGCAAAGGACACCCGAGGACCGCAAGCCCUGGUUCGACCAGAUCUCAGCCUGGAAAGAGCGCUUCCCUUGGGCGUAUGAGAAGGAGGCUACCCCAGAUUCACCCAUCAAGCCCCAGACCGUCAUUGCAACCCUUUCCGAUCUCACCGCUAACAAGAAGCACGAGACCAUCAUUGCCACUGGUGUGGGACAGCAUCAAAUGUGGACCGCACAGCACUACCGAUGGAGAUCACCACGGACUAUGAUUACCUCAGGUGGUCUAGGAACCAUGGGCUACGGCCUGCCAGCAGCAAUUGGUGCCAAGGCUGCUGCACCUGAAAAGCUCGUCAUUGAUAUCGACGGUGAUGCUUCCUUCCUCAUGACCCAGACUGAGCUCGGAACAGCGUCAGAAUUCAACAUUGGCGUAAAAGUCAUGGUCCUCAACAACGAGGAGCAGGGCAUGGUCACUCAAUGGCAAUCUCUGUUCUACAACGACCGCUUCGCCCACACGCAUCAACGCAACCCAGACUUCCCCAAGCUUGCCGAGGCCAUGCACGUUCCAGCACGGAGAACCACAAAGUUGGCCACCCUGAAGGAGGAUUUGGAAUGGCUGUGCUACGGAUCUGGAGACGGACCAGCAUUCCUCGAGGUCGUCGUUGACCAGAAGGUGCCAGUCCUGCCCAUGGUGCCGGCUGGGUCGGCUCUCCACGAAUUCUUGGUCUACGAUGAACAGAAGGAGAAGGAGCGAAGACAAAGAACCAGGGACCGAUCUGGACGAUAG